CGGUCCUCUGCAGGGACAGUUGAGCUGCGAUCCUCCAGCUUGUGUCGCGUUUGGAAGAAGCUUCAGCUCCUCAGCUGACUGAACAUUUCUCACCUCAUCACAUUUUCACUCAAACUGCUUCCAUGGGGCAACUUGCAGGGUUAUAUUAACUGCUGCUGCACCGCGUAAAAAGCCUCUAAUGACCCCUCCUGUGUCUCCUCCGCAGAGACAGUCCCGCCUCCUGGGACCCUCCCUGGAAAAGUGUUUUUAACUUCUGGAUGUCUGCUGGUGCAGCCUGAGGAUGGAGAAGUACGAGAAGAUUGGAAAGAUCGGAGAGGGCUCCUAUGGCGUCGUCUUCAAGUGCAGAAACAAAGACACUGGGCAGAUAGUGGCCAUCAAGAAGUUUGUGGAGUCAGAGGACGAUCCCAUCAUCAAAAAGAUUGCACUGAGGGAGAUCAGGAUGCUCAAGCAACUGAAACACGCCAAUCUGGUGAAUCUGAUCGAGGUGUUCCGACGCAAACGGAAGCUUCACCUCGUGUUCGAGUACUGCGACCACACGGUCCUCAACGAGCUGGACCGCCAUCCUAGAGGCGUUCCCGAGCACCUUGUGAAGAGUAUAACCUGGCAGACUCUUCAAGCUGUAAACUUCUGUCACAAACAAAACUGCAUUCACCGAGACGUCAAGCCGGAAAAUAUUCUCAUCACCAAACACCAAGUCAUCAAACUCUGUGACUUUGGGUUUGCCAGGAUUCUCACUGGUCCAUGUGACUACUACACAGACUACGUAGCAACUCGUUGGUACCGGGCCCCUGAGCUGCUGGUGGGAGACACUCAGUACGGCCCUCCGGUGGAUGUGUGGGCAAUUGGUUGUGUGUUCGCUGAGCUGCUGUCGGGGAUCCCUCUGUGGCCCGGGAAGUCUGACAUGGACCAGCUUUACCUGAUCCGGAAGACUCUUGGAGAUCUGAUCCCUCGACACCAGCAGGUCUUCAGCAACAACCAGUUCUUCUGUGGAGUUUCCAUCCCGGAGCCACAAGAGAUGGAGCCGUUGGAGCAGAAAUAUCCAAAUCUCUCACAUCAAGCUCUGAGUCUCAUGAAGGGUUGUCUGAGAAUGGACCCGUCCGAGCGGCUGACCUGCGAGCAGCUCCUCCAACAUCCGUACUUCGACAGCCUGCGGGAAAAGAGCGAGAGCACCUCACGAGAGCAGGACCGCUCCGGCAACAAGAGGACGCGUUUACCUCGCAAACACCUUCCUCCAGGGUAUUUGCCACAGCUGACCGGCAGCAGCAUCUUUCCAGCUGUGGACAACAAGAGGUACUACAACAACCUGCGCAAGUUCAACUAUCACCUACCGAACAUCUAAACUCAAAAGCUGAAUUAAACACCGUCAAAAAAGCAGCAUUUUCUGGAGAGAAAAAAAACUCAACAAAAACUCAGGAAAUGAAGUCUGGUAGCACCUUGGUGUUUAACUCAUUCAAGAGGAAUUCAAACACUUUUUAAAGUUUUUGUUCAUGACGUUGGGUGUCGGGUGUCUCUUGAUGUUGAUGUCAGUCUAUGCACUAUUUCCCAACAUGUGGACUCAAACAUGUUGGUUCAUGUAUGUUGCCUACGUUUCAAGCUGAUUUUGUUGUAUUUUGUAUAGAUGUGUAAAGACAAGGAGCGAUGUGCUGCUCUGCUCAUAGAGUAGACUGAGGUAAAACUACAACGUACUGCCUUGCCUGGUUUGCCAAAUGUAUUUUUUUUAUAUAUAACAACGGACUCUGUAAGAGUGACAUGUUUUUGUUAGAGUUUUCUGUUGUUUAAUUGUCUGGAAUAAGUUAUAAUGUAGGACACAAACUUUAUUUUUCGUCACGUAUAACGACUCAUGAUCAUUUCUGAAAAUAUUUAUUGACUUGAGGAGUGAAUACAGUUGUAAACAUUCCCACAUUUAUUAGCAUAUAGCAUUCACAAUACCACAUUGUACUCACUUACACAACUUUGGUGCUAAGGAUGUUCACAGCCAUCUAUCUGUCCUCAGAUAUUGUAGAAUUGCCAAAUUAACCUAAAGAGAAAUGAUUUAAACUCUUGAAUCCUUGAUGUCCUCAGCAUUUCAUAAAUUAUUUUCUCUGUGUACUGACAUGUAGAGCAAUCUUUAAUAGCUUUUAAAUGUUAUAAUAAACUACUGAAUAGUUCAUUCCAUAAAGAAAAACUGGUAUCAACAAUAUAAAGUGCUUUAAUGCUU